GUCCGUGCCGUGUGUCAGUUCUCUUUAGUGUUUGCCAAUGUUGGAGGUAUUACUGGGGUCUGUCCCUGGAAAACAGAUAUAGAGGAUGGCACAAGUGAAAGUGCAGACAGCAGCAAACUUCUCUGCAUCUGCAAUGUCAUCUACAGGACAGUCAUCAGCAGUGGUGACUGUAGGUCCACUCAGUAUGCAACCCUCUAUGAACGGAUCAGUUCCAGCCUCAACUCCCAGCUGUAACAGUCCUGCAGCUGGGUUUGUGGACUAUACUGUUCCUGCAAUUUUACCAGCUUCUCCUCAGGAAAACAUGGCAAACCCCAAAGAGAAAACUCCAAUGUGUCUGGUAAAUGAGUUAGCCCGUUUCAAUCGAAUUCAGCCACAGUACAAGCUCCUAAAUGAACGAGGGCCAGCACAUGCUAAGAUCUUCACUGUGCAGCUGACACUUGGAGAGCAGACGUGGGAGGCAGAAGGAAGCAGCAUAAAGAAGGCACAACAUUUAACAGCUGCCAAAGCUCUGGCUGAAACGACGCUCCCCAAGCCAUCACCUCGACCGCCUAAAAUGGACAGUAACAGUAACCCAGGAAGUAUAACCCCAACCGUGGAGCUAAAUGGCCUUGCAAUGAAAAGAGGAGAACCUGCCAUCUAUAGGCCAUUGGAUCCAAAGCCAAUUCCCAAUUACAGAGCCAACUAUAACUUCCGAGGAAUGUUCAAUCAAAGGUAUCAUUACCCAGUGCCUAAGAUAUUUUAUGUGCAGCUGACUGUGGGGAAUAGUGAGUUUAUAGGGGAAGGAAGGACACGUCAGGCUGCCAGACACAGUGCUGCUAUGAAAGCCCUCCAAGCACUUCGGAACGAGCCCAUUCCUGAAAAGCCACCUCAGAACCAAAAUGAAAAGAAUGAAGCCAUGAUGGACAAUGAUGCCAGUAAAUCUGAAAUAAGCCUAGUAUUUGAAAUUGCACUGAAGCGAAACCUACCCGUCUGUUUUGAGGUGAUUAAAGAGAGUGGCCCGCCCCAUAUGAAGAGCUUUGUCACUCGAGUUACAGUUGGAGAGUUUUCUGCUGAAGGAGAAGGGAACAGCAAAAAACUUUCCAAAAAGCGAGCUGCAAUGUCUGUACUUGAGGAGCUAAAAAAACUCCCAUUUCUUCCAACAAUAGAAAAACCUAAACUUCAUUACAAGAAACGCCCCAAGACUAUACUAAAGACUGGCCCAGAGUAUGGACAAGGUAUGAACCCAAUCAGUCGCCUGGCCCAAAUUCAACAAGCAAGAAAAGAAAAGGAACCAGAAUAUGUGCUUUUAUCUGAACGAGGAAUGCCCCGUCGCCGUGAAUUUAUCAUGCAGGUGAAAGUCAACAAUGAAGUUGCUACUGGCACCGGCCCAAAUAAGAAAAUUGCAAAACGCAAUGCAGCAGAAGCAAUGUUACUGCAGCUUGGUUACAAAGCAUCUACUCCAAUACAGACUCAAACUGAGACGUCUGAGAACAAAGGCUGGAGUGGACAAAAAUCAUCUUUUCCUGAACCAGCAACAAACACGCAAAAAGGAAUACUCCAUCUUUCUCCAGAUGUCUAUCAGGAGAUGGAAGCAAGCAGAAAUAAAGCUGGUCCUGGAAAUUACCUGACCCCAAAAGACAUUAGCCAAGGUUCUGGCUGUUUCUUUAGCACCACCAGCAACACAGCAGUCAUUGCCAGGGAGCUCCUGCUCAAUGGGACCUCCCCAACAGCUGAAGCCAUAGGUCUUAAAGGAAAGGCACCUGCUUCACCCUGUGCCUCUGUACAGCCUUCUCAGCAGCUGGACUACUUGGCAAGGAUUCAAGGCUUUCAGGUGCAGUAUAAUGAUCGACAAAAUGGCAAAGAGUGCUUGACCUACUUAACGCUUUCACCUGUGCAGAUGACUUUCCAUGGCAUUGGGAGCUCCAUUGAGGCUAGCCAUGAUCAGGCAGCUCUAAGGGCCUUGAAACAGCUGUCAGAACAAGGACUGGACCCAGUGGAAGGCACAAUGAAGGUGGAAAACGGAUCACGAGAAAACCAAAGCGUUCCUGUUGUAUUGUGUCAGAAUCUCACAUUCUACCCUUCUUCUUCUGCUACUUCUGAAGAAGUACCCAGCACCACAGCAAGAUAUAUAGUACAACAAGUGAUCCAUCUGGGCGAGAAGGCAGACAAUAAACAGACUAACUCAGGCACCACUGCUCAGGACUGCAAGGAUUCAAAGGCUGUCGUCUAGGAGCCCUCAAGUGAAGCACCCACGGCGGCCGCUGCAUCCUUUGAAACUUGUCAACACGCAAUAGGGUGGAUGUGUAUGAGGAAGUGAAUGACUAGAUACCAUUAUUUGAGUCUAUGUGAAGACAACACUAUCCUAACACAAAUCAAUAAAUAAGUAAUGCAUGACAGUCUUUAAAAUGUGGGGAAUUCAAAUGAAACAAAGAAUUCCCCAUUUUAUGUCAUCAGAUCAUGUUUUUUUAAAGAUACCUGCCAAGCGACAGAGCAAAAGCAAGAAAGAAUCAUGUUAAUGAAAUUAUCAGUUUAAUAGUGGAGUAAAUCGAGACCAUUAAAGUAAACGGUAAUACCAAUAAGGAUGAAAUGGUUUUAUUUUUAUUUUAGUGUAGGAUAAUUUCAUCUUUUUUGUUCCUUUUUUUAAUAAAUGAUAAUGCUUGGAUAUUCUAAAGUUAACCAAUGACCGUGCUGUGAGAGUUGUAGUUGUUGUCUUCAUAUACAGUCAUCCAGCUUAUCUUUUAUGCUGACAUUAAGCAUUCUUCAUUCUAUAUGGAUAUGUAUUUUUUUUGCAAAGUACAAAAUGCCAUAUUUAGAAUUUGUUUGCUAAAAAAAUGUUGACAUAAAAAUGCUUAAUAAACCAUGAACUGAUGUUAGAACUGAUCGAUAGAGACUCUCAGACAAGCAGUUAUGGCAUUUGAGUUUUAUGAACCUGUUCUAACAACGGAGGCGCCUGGCCUCUGCUUAACAUAUUCCCCCAUUUCUCCUCCUCUUUUGUGUGUGAAACACAUCUACACCCAUUCUGUGUGUUGUAUUGACCCACCUUUGGCAUCAACUGAGUGUUUUUAAUAACUGCAUUCUGAGGUGGAAGAACUUCACAGGCCCAGAAACAGAAGACUUGAAAGCAAGAAGUACCAGACUGUAUUAGAGGAGCCCAGUAAAUGAACUCGGGGGUUCUGAAAUGGCCAAAUGCAGUAAAACCACGUCAGUUCAUGUUUAA